AUGACGUCUGUCACAAAGAUACCAGAGACGUCCCUGUGGGCGAAUCGAAAGUGUUUAGCUAUAUGUGCUAUCGUGGCCAUAGCAAAUAUGCAAUACGGACUAGACUCGGCGGCAAUUGGGUCUCUACAGGCGAUGCCAGGCUUCUUAGAAGUAUUUGGAUAUAAGGAUCCGAGCCAACCAGCCGGAUAUGCGAUCGAGGCAGGCCACCCGGGGACUUUUCAAAGGCUCAUUGGGUCACUCUUAACAUUAGGCGCCUUUCUAUCCUCACUUGUCGCCGGAGCGUUCGCCCAUUUCUUCGGUCGAAAGGUUGCGCUCUGGCUUGCGUGCGUCUUGAACGCGAUUGCAUGCAUUAUCCAGAUCUCGACUACAGAUAAAGUGGCAGUUUAUAUCGGUCGACUUGUUCUCGGACUAGCUAAUGGAUUUCUGGUCACUUUCUCAAAUAUUUACGGUACGUACGAGUGUGUCGUCAAGAGAGACACCGCCGAAGCAGCUCCGGCCCACCUUCGGGCUGUCAUGGUGGCACUCUUCUCGGAAUGGGUCAACAUCGGGAGCAUAAUAGGGGCAGCUGUAACGAAUGCUACGAAGAGCCGCUUGGAUAAAGCAUCUUACCAAAUACCACUUGGAACUCUCUUCAUCGUACCGACCUUCCUGGCCUUAGGUCUCUUCCUCGUACCCGAAUCCCCUCGAUAUCUAUUAUACAAAGGAAAGACGGAGGCGGCGAGAGAGUCAUUGAAGGCGCUCAGAGGGGAUUCGCUAACUUCCGAAGCGUUUGAGCUCGAAUGGGUCGAGAUGGUUAAAGGUAUUGAAGAGGAAAAGCAAGCAGCUGGAACAAUUGGACCACUGGACAUGUUUAAAGGAACCGAACUAAGACGCACACUUCUCUGCUACGGCAUCAUUGCUACGCAGACAGGAGCCGGUUCAUGGUUUAUCAUCAGCUACUCAACUUAUUUUAUGAUUGUUGCCGGGUUAUCAGUGGACGAUGCCUUCAAGUUUUCAGUCAUGAAUACCUGCCUGGGUUUCAUUGGCGUUAACUUCGGCAUGUACCUGAUGCGCCACGUCAUGGGUAGACGAACUAUUUUAAUGACGGGCGCUGUAGCUCAGGGGCUUACAAUGUUAGGAAUGGCGGUCUCCGCAACUGUCGCCUAUGGGACACUUUCUGCUCGAAACUGCGUCAUUGCGUUCACCGCACUGUAUCAAUUCUCCUAUAAUGCUUUUGUUGGAGACGCAACAUACCCUACGGCCACGGAGAUGGUGAGCACGAGGUUAAGAUCCUGGUCUGUCGGAUCAGCUAUCAGCUUAGGCUACUUCCUAGCAUGGCUCACGGGAUUUUGUUCGCCGUAUUUUAUCAACCCAGAGGAUCUCAACUGGGGUGCUAAAUAUGCCUACAUAUGGGCCGGUUCAAAUCUUUGUUGCUUGGUGUUCUUUUAUAUUUGCGUUCCGGAGACGAAAGGGAGAACACUGGAAGAAAUUGAUGAACUAUUUGCUAACCGGGUGUCUGUUCGGAAUUUCAAGAGCUUCGGGACAACCAUCGUAGCCGAAGCUUUGAGGGAAUUGGAAACUCGUGACCCGGGAUCGGAAAAGAAGUUAGCUAUUACGGAGCAUAUCGACAACCCGAACUAUAGUACGGGAUAGUGCUCACUAACCCGGAUUUAUCUAGGUCAUGACAUAGUCGGCCUGAUCUAUAUGCGAUCUCCUAUACUCCGAUAUGUGCUAUAGAAGGUAAACUUUUCCCCUCUUUUACGGGCUGAUGGGUUCCCCCGACUCUCCCCGAAAGAGAAGCACCCGAUACUACCUUAGGUAUAUGUAACAUAUUCCUGAAUCGGCGCUAGCCACGCCGCCGUUGAAACCUGGGGGUAGAUAGG